CACUCAAUCAAAAGCACAAAGACAGACUGUGGCAAAAGGGUUGGCUUAAGUAGCCAUUCAAAAAUUUAACAGAAACAUCAACUUUAUAUGUACGAUUAGGGGCCACACUAAAAAAAAUACUGAGACGUAAAUUGUAAUAAGUCAAUAAAGUGUGAAUAUUCUGAGAAAUAAAGGGUAAACUUAACAAAUCAGAAUAUUAUAACAUAAAACAUGAACCCUAGAUUACAAUAAAUAUAUGUUCUGCAACAAUUAAUUGAUUAACUUGAGUAAUCCGAUUAGAAAUAAUAUUCGAAUUAAAUUUUGCUGCUUCGAGUGUUUGUGUAAUUAAAGUGGCGCUGUAAUGGUUUGUUUUAAAAGUGUUUCCAUUUAGUUAUAUUGCUUUGGGUGGAUACACUGCCCUCUAGUAGCAACAGUGAAUAUGACAUAACUCAUUUCACAUGGCUGAAUCCAGCUGCUCCCUGUUAAGACCAACAUAAUAAGUUUUUGUUAGCGCUAAUUUUUUUUUAAUGCGUUCGUAAUUUAGGUUUUUAGGUAUAUUUAGCCGUUUUGGGUGGGAAUGUGUGUUUAAACCGUUUGUUAAGUGCAUUGUUUAAAAAAAAAAAAAAAAAAACGGUAGCAUUUUUAUAGCAUUUAAGCUAGUGGACUUUUGCUAUGUACGUUAGCCAACUAUUCUUUCGUUGUACUUAGAUCCUCUUUUUUUUUUUUUAACGCCGUUUUAGGCUCGCCUCAGGUAUUUUAAUUUGUUGUUUCUUAUCCGAUUGCUCGAUUAUUCGAACUAACUAGUUCAUUGAUUAAUCGACUACUAAAAUAAUCGAUAGCUGCAGCCCGAUACGUGUUAUGUGAACAUCCUUCAUGCUACUGUAUGUAUAUACGGAAAGAAUAAAGUAUUUUUCGGUAUUUUUAUUUAAAAUUUGAAAAAUUAUUAUGUUUUGAUAUGAGGAAAUAUAUUAUUAUUAUAUAAAUAUAAAGCUUGAAAUAAUGAAUAUAGUUGUGGUUGCUUUUUUUUUUUUUUUUUUUUUACACAAGACAAGAAAAAUAGUUUUAGCAAAAACGUUAGCUCACAAAAGAACGCGUAGUUACUGGAAUCAGGCUGUGGUAUUUAGGUUUGGGUGGGGAAUUUUUUUGAAUUAAUCAGACCCGAAUCUUUUUAAUUAUGUUCUUGUCAUUUUUCUUGUAGUAUUCCAACCGCAGGAGUCAGGAACCAAUACUAAUUCACACAGCUUUGUAUAUCUGUUAGAGGAGUGAACAUUUUUUCCAGUUUUAAGUCAUUCCUCUUGUAAUUGAUCACUUCCAAUGAGAAAUGAAUCUAAUAAAUGAGCUGCUUGAUGAAAGCAAAAUAAUCUGAUUAGCCUUGUAGAUCUUGCCUGUGCAACCACAAUUUUAAUUAGAAUAUGAUCAUUUAAAAGCGGUUAUUACCGGUAUUCAUUUUAAUAGCUCAUUAUGAUGAAAUCUGAUUUAUGAUAGACUGAAAUCAAAAAUAUGUCCUUACCUAACGUUUUAUGUUAUUACUGAAAAUUUUAAGGUAAAUUAAAUGACUUUCCUGGCAGAUGAAUAGCACUUAUUUACGGUACAUUCAUAGAACACUGUCCUACCACUCAGCAUGGAUGUAUGAUAUAGUAUGUCACAGUGUUGGCUUUUGUCAACCCUCACCACAGUGUGUCAUGUGUUUAAUAGCUAACAUAUAUGGUGGGGUGGAGGUGGUUGCACUUGGAACUGAGUUUACUUUUCUCAAUCACUGAACAGACCACCAAUCAUACAACCGUGUGCCUUUAAGAUAAUUUGGAGCUUUUAUAUACAAUGAGGUGUGUUCUGAAAGUUCCAGGACUAUUGUAAAUUAAGAUAUUUAAGAAAAAAAAAAUCUUUCUCCUUUUUCUAUUUGAAAAUGAAUCCUAGUAGUCCAACAUGCUGUACCAUACCAUUGCCAGCUUGAUUUGCAACACCUUUAUGCAUACGUAAAAGAAUUCUUCCAUAAUCAAUCACUUCUCUGUCGUCAGCAUUGCAAUGGUGCUCUUGGCCAGGAUCUUGCGGAUGCUCAGGCUUUUGUGAGCAAGUGAGUUGUAUAGUGAAAUAACUACGACUUGCCGCAACUCUCACCUCUUCUCACGCUUAAAACAGGAAUAGGGCGGUGUCAGAUUCUGAUAAUAUGAUAAAAGUUUGACAAAAAUAUUCCGAUUUCACACCAGAGGGGAAAUGCAAACUAAUGUUUGCCUUGCUUGUUAACAAGUUAUCUGGUAGCAAAUUUACUUAUUAAUUGAAGAAGUACAAAACCUGAAAGGGGAAGUUCAGAAUUGUUGACAUUAGACUUAAUCUUUGAGUUAGCGGGGGUUUAAUUAGUAGGUGGAGUUGAUUUCUACGAAUUCCGUGCAGUUAGUUAUUGAUUAGUUUCAGGGCUCAAGAGUGGCUAAGCUAGCGCGAGUCAAUGAGACCGUCCUAGUGUGCCAAUAAAAAGCAACAUAUGCACACAUGACCCAUGCAAUCAAUAGUGUUGGCAAUGUUUUCAGGAUGAAGUUACUAAAACUUUAAAACCAUUGCAUGUCAAUAACUGCAUUAUGAACAGCAACAUUAGUAAUCCAGUAGCUCUAUAGGUAACAGGCUGCAGAGCGGAGUGAUAUUUUUUCCACCGGUGUGUUUGUCAUAGCCAGCAGCAAGAAUCUACAGUUUGUAUUUUUCCUUGUUCUUCAUGGGGAAUUUGUGGAAACUUUCAUUCGCCCAUUUCUUCUGUUUGUUUCCACAGCGUCUAAAUGCACGUUUCACUAUGUUGCCAUUCUUCAUUCAAGACUUCGUAGAGUGAUGUUGUAUUUGAGGAAGGUGGGAAAUUAGAAUUUUCCAACCCCCGACCAGGAUAAAUAAUUGGAAUGCCACUCGAACUGUGGGGCCCUAGUCGCGAAAUAGGGAAAGAAGUACCCCGACUUCAGGAGUUGCUUCAAUCAGAAGUCACUCAACAAAAUGUGCUGCCUGUCGAAAAGCAGACCGUCAAUAGUAAAACUAAAGAAAGUAGUUUACAGUGUGGUUUAUUUACCUUAGCCGUCGUUUUUCCUCUACUAUUUGAUUGCUUAUGGGAAGCCAUGUUUGCUGCAGGUCAACAUGUCUUUUGAUGGCCAAAAUAAAAAAUGCUUGGAACGCUUUGAAGUCGCAACUGGCACCAUCCGAGUGUGAUAAGUACGACUUCCCAUCUUCCUCGAAUGCAGCAUGAGCACGAGUGGCUAAAGCACUCCUCUCUAUUGUGGUCGCAUUACGCAUCUUUAAAAAAAUAUGAAUAUGAAUUACGGCAGUUUGGUGUGACAUUGUUUUGGCCGCAUGUGUAUUUUGAACAACGAUCUGCAUUUUGAAUUUAUUUGACUAUGUUAGAUCUCUUAAUAUCAUUUUUUUAUUUGGUAUGCUAGGAAGAGACCUGACUGGCGCUAGCUUAGCCACUCUGGAGCCCUGAAAUUAAUAACUAACUAACUACUUAACGAACUGUACGGAAUUUGUUCAAAUCAACUCGACUGGCAUUGAUAUGAAAUUUGGUGAUAUCUUAUCACUAUGUUAGAAGUACAGUGGUACCUCGACAUAUGAUUGCUUCAACACACGAUCUUUUCAACACCCAACGUAAAAUUUGACUCCAUUUGUUUCUACAUCCGACGACAAGCUCGAAAUACAAUGAUUUAUGACAGUGCCACAGUUUCUUUGUUUUCCCGCAAGACUGAUGCAUGCCGGAUUUUCUUGUGAGAGAAAUCAACAUGGGUUCCAAGAAUGCUAGUGCAGGUGGUAAAAAAAGGAAAAAGGUGAGGCUUACGAUUGAAAUGAAGAUGGUAAUGAUAGGAAAAAUAUGAGCGUGGUGUGCGCGUCCAUGAACUGGCUCGACAAUACGGCCGUAGAAUAUCUACGAUCUCGACGGUCCUUCUCCAACCUUCGUCCACCAGUCUUUAUAAGUUAAGGUGGCAAUUAUUAUUGUGGUCACAUUGCCAAAAAAUCGCCAGCUUCGUCAGAGUUUUAAUCAUUUAUUUCAGAACUUGUGCAACACAACAUGCCUACUGUCCGCCGCAGUUGAACAUGUGACACGAAAAAGCAAGUUUAUUUCAUAAUACUUAUAUAAUAUUUUUUUUUUCUCCUGUCGUAUGCUCUUUAAGAGUGAAUGUAAAAAGUCCUCUCUCACUCUGUCAAGUCAGGCACACGCUGCUUUCAGGUACACCACGCAAAACACAUCCGCCAGAUUAGGACCCGUUACAUUAUUACAGGUAUUAUUGUUACUAUUAUUAUUAGUCCGAUUUUUAUUCAUUAUUUAUUUGUUUUGCUUUGUGUAAUUGCUAUUUGCUAUCGUACCAGCAGCAUUUAUUAAGCACUUAGUGUAGGUUUUUGGGCUGUGGAACAAAUUAAUGGAAUUAUAAUGUAUUCUUAUAGGAAAAUCCUGCACGCCAUAUGACCAUUUCGACUUACAAACAAGGUCCUGGAGCGAAUUAUAUGUAGAGGUACCACUUUAUAACAAUAUUUAGAAGUACCACUGUAUAACAAAAUGUUUUAUUUUACGUCGCCGAAUUUAUAGUCAAACUUUUCAGAAUGGAUCCUUUGUAGACAUUUCCGAAAUAUUGGUAAAGGUUGAAAAGUAUAAUUGACAAAUUUAAUGUACUAUUAUCUAAGUUAUCUUUUAUUUAUAGUGUGCACAUGGCUGAAGCACUUCAAGCUGGAAGCUAAUAGUGGUUAUACUGUAUAAGGUAACUAACUGGCUUGCUAUCGCAAUAACAUGAUAUACUGUAUAUUAAAUCUGAUUGGCCGACUGACUGCAAACAAAAUAAUAGGUGAUUUGUCGACUACAGAAUAAUAAUUUGUGGCAGCCUUAGUGUUUACUGUACACUGAACCAGCUCAAACCCCAGCAAUUAAUGCAAAUGCAUGAGGAUUUCUUUGUAGACUUGCAAUGUGAUCAUCUGGCUCACAUUAAAGGUGAAGUACCACUCAAAGGUGAUACUUUGGAGUUUAAAUGUAUCUUUUUGACAGCAAUCCUGGAACUUUUCUAACACAGCUCAUAUAUAUCUAGUAGCUAGACACCACAUCGGUUGAGUAUCGGUACUGCAGUGCCUGUAGUGUCAUUUGAGGACUCCUCCGAAUCACUUUGGGUGACUUCCUCUGCUUUCCGCAACACUGCCUUCUCACGCUUGAAUGGCAAUAUUGGCUGCUUUGUUCCUGAAGGAAUAGUGCUAACCCACUGUGUAGCUACCUUACAUUGAGGAGGGUGAACAGUUGACGUCCUGUCUGUCUUUUCUUUCACUCUUAGCUUCUCACAUUACUAAACAUGAGUGAAGGAGGAGCUUUGGCAGUCACCCCCCUAGCCCUUUUUUCCUCACUUAUUCCACUUCUCCAUCUCCCCAUGGAGAGCUAAUGUGCAGCGGGAGCAUCCUGCUGUGCAUAUACAUGUACACAGGCAAACUGAGGUCGCAGAAGAGGGGGCGGGAGGAAACAGGAUGAGAGGAAAGGAGGGGUUCUGUAUGUGUGUUAUAGAGAGGAAAAAAGAGAGAGAGUGAUGCUAAGAGACUGUAAGCGCAAGAAUAGGAAGCAACGUCACCCGCACAGACAGGAGGGAGGGGGACCACAGACAGAGUGGAAUUGGAGGGGGAGAAAAGGAGCACAAUGAAGUAGUGCCAUUGUCCGCCCUGGCAGCGCUGCCAUUCUGCCAUCUGCCCAAAGUGAGUGAGUGAGUGAGGGAGAGGAGGGGAGAAAAGAGAGGAGAAUAAGAGAGGAGAGGAUAGUCUUACACAGAGAAGGACAGGAGGAAAGAUGGAGAUGCGCAGCCAACAGUGACUUGGUGAAAUAAUCCGGCAAAAAGAGUGGUUCACCGAAGACCUUUUUUGAGGGAGUGGACUGGAGGAGCAGAAGGAAAGGAUGGCUAACAUUUCUUUCAUGUGAAUAUAGUCAUUUUGCUUUCUAAAUCAAAUAACUGUACAGAAAAGAAGUAAUUCCAUUCACAAGUACUACUUUUUCGUAUUGACUUUUUAUUGUUGUAGUCUGAGUGUCUUGUAGCUUGCAAUUUUUCACUUCGAAUAUUCAGGUUGUUUUUAUGAAAGUUUUCUAAAUAUCAGUCUUAUUCUCCAUACUUGCUCUUGGGUUGUUUUACUCUUACAUGCCAGACUUGCCCUAGUUGGAGCCAGUUGCAUGCCGACAUCAUGGCAUGUCAACAUUGAUUGGCUGUUAUGUCUGGCGCGACAACGCUCCAACUUUGAUCAUUUCCUGAAAGCUAUUGAUCUUUCAGGGGAGUUUAGUCGUCCUGUCUGUGGGACAAAGAAAUAAUAAUGUGGAGUCUUCAACUUUACGAUUAGCUACUGUCAUGUGAUUCAGUUAAGCUCUUUGUCUGCCAACACUUUUUCUACCGUUGUCAGGACUUACUCGGCAAACCUCAACAGGCAUCUCUCUUAAUCGUCUGUUGCCAAGGCAAUGGGCUGCAGUUGCCGACGGAACAAAAUGUAAAGUUUUGGUUUGUAUUACUUGUUUUAAACUGGUGCUUCUUUAUUCUGUAAUUGUAUUCUAUCAGUUAAGAAAAUGCAGUACAUUUGAAUUUUUGGUCAUGUACAGUUUUUUUAAAAAUUCUGUCCAAACAGUGACUGCCUUUUGUUUUCAUGCUCCAGACGGUCCUUGUCUGUACGGCGCACACCAGUCUGAGAGAAUCAGGGUUGUUUCAGGUCACCUGUCUCACCCUCCCCAUUCUGUGUAUUCACCCUAUGGCGAGGCUCCGUCGCUUUCUUUGUCCUGAUCUCACCUUAAUCAACUGCAGCAAACCUGAAUUGCCAUCAGUCAAACUGAUUCACUAUUUGGGAGAUCAGUGGGAUGAAUUAAUUGGCAAAAUUGUCCCCUUCAAACAUUUGGCUGGCCAUAACUGCCUGGCCUUGACACGGCUAAUUAAUGAUGAUUGUAAUGUUUGCAUCAGUUUCUCCUACUGUCCAUGUGCCGAUGACUCAGGAUUUCCCUUUGUGGAGAGCGGGUCAUCCGCUUUGAAGUCACCUCAUCUCACCUGCCUCUCAUGUCUUUUCAGUAUCUUUUCAGCAGUGUAAGGAUCAACUGUUUCAGCAGUUUAGCAUUAUACUUCCAAACAACAUUUUACUAAUUGAAAGAAUAGAUUUUUAUUGUUUGUGGCAUUCUUCAACUGCCCAAACGUAGAUGACUCGGGAUUUCUGAUCAUGUAUACCUAGUCAUCGCCACUGAAAUAUUGACCUGACCUACCCUGUUCUCCGUGUUCGCGCUCAACCCUCUUUUUUUGCAACACAAGGAUUAACUGUUUAAUUAGUUUGAAGAACCAAAAAGAAAUCAAAUCUUUUUGUAUGUUUUUUAAAGGCAUUUGUAUUUGUGGCUCAUCAGACUUCUUUCCCCUUGAUGGUCCUCAUGCAGGUUAAUCUUUCCAGCCAUACUUCUUUAAGAUUUUCUGUCUCACACUGCUCAACUGUGAGCAGAUCCUCCUUGGUGCUUCUAAUCCACGACCGUAUAGAUGUCUAGUUAUCUUUGCUAGACAACCCCUCUGUGGUGCUAGACUGGUUGUGGAUGGUUUCACGCCCACUGCAAGCUGUCGCAUGGAAUGUCUGCAAUAGUUUGAAGUGUCUUCUAUUUUAUUUUAUUAUUUUUUUCCGCUUCACAAAAAUUUCAGUGCCAAACCUCAAAGGUGCAGGUGCAGGUGUAGGUGUCAUCAAAAUAAGGUGUGUGCUGAUCUCUCUGUGAGGGGUAAAGGUCAAUAACUGGUGACUAUGACUAAUGCCUGAGCCACGCUUAGGUGGAAAUGUUGACUGUUUUCUUUGUAGAACUUUGGCUUGUUGGUAACUGUUAACGUUAACAGACUGUUGUUUGCCUUUAAGGUAGGACUAUGCAGAAUACGAGGUGAUACAAUACAUGUACAGUAGUCUACAGCUUGAAAAGCUUUAUAUUGAAAUAAAUAAGGCCUACAUCACUGGUCUUGUCUCAGGUAACUGACUACUAUCUGGCCGUUAUGCUUGAUGUAAAAUAGUGAGGGCUGUUAUACAUAGAAUGGGUCAGCAGAGUGAGAGUUUAUUUGUGUAUUACAAAUCAGGUCUCAAGACUAUAACAACAAACCCACUUGCCUUCAUUGGGCAAUGACCUGCAUCCUCUAGUGUUUCAUUACCACCGUACGGUGCUACUGGAGUGAGUGUGUCAGUAGUAACUUUCCACAUUACCAGUGGUGCUCUGGAGGUGACCAAUUUCAAACCACGACGGCCUCACUUGUUUUAGCUAUAUCAGGAACUUCAGUCAGGAACGGGCCGACGCUAGCCUUGUCUUAACACUUUACAUUUUCUGAUUUCUUCCUCUGGUGUCUAAGUAGGUGAACAUGUCUAGACACUAGCCAUCCCUUCUCUCGAGGCGAAGGAGGCAAGUGAGCUCGGGGUUAACACUUUCUAAACAAGAGGCACUGUUAAACGGGACAGACUGGAGAACGGGCAAGCAGCCGCGGGAGGGGGUGAGGGGGAGAUCAUCUGGAAGAGGCGAGAGGAAGUGGUGGCGCGGGAGAGGGCGGAGGCGCUGGAGAGGCAGAGGCUGGCCGAGUACAUUGUGUGGAGGAAGAGAGAGGACUUCCAGGAGAGGCGAGGAGAGAGGGAAAAGAGAGAUAGGAGUGCCGAGAAAGGGAAAGAGCCAGUGCCAGAAGUGAUCUGGAAGAAGAGGGGGGAAGACAACACAGGGAGGGAGCCAGCUAGGGCCAUUGAGGGUGGACACCAAAUCGUUUGGAGGAAGAGGGAGAGGGACUAGGAGAUUUUAGCCGGCUUUAAUAACAAGGGUGCUUUACACGGAGCUGGACACUAGCCAUAUAUUUGUAAGCUUGCUUUCUCUCCUUUAGCUGAUUGAGGUUGCCGGUGUGUGUUGUAUUGACCAAGUGAAGUUGUGUAUGUGUCGUCGCCUUGUUAGGGCGCACAGCCCCCUUGCGAUUUCAUAUCUGGUUGCUAAUAGGGUUUUUAUGGGCCUGUGUCAAGCUGGACACAGCUGCCGAGGGAGCAGUCUCUCUUUCUCUCUCCCUCACUCGCUCUCACACAGACUUACACUCCUUCCUCAGAGCAGACACUAUCACACAUACAGACGGUACACACAUAUGCAAGGGGUGGUGAGAGACAAUCACUCGUGUUGAUUUUCUUUGGUGCUGCUGACAGCUGCACUUGGAGGCCUUUUAGUUGGCCAAAAUCUUCACGUGUAUUGUAUUAAGUCUGUUUUUUUUUUUUUACUCAUGAACUGAUUACACAAUGAACUCUGAUUUGAGAGGUGAACUGAUUUCAACAUGACGCAAGCAGAGAUGCUCCAAAGAAACUGCCUACAUCUGUACACCGCCAUUAUCUGGAAUGCCGCUUUUUGCUUAAAAGACAUUUUUAACUUUAAUCUCAUUGUGGAUAAAGCCAUUUUUAAAACAAUUCACUUUGGGCUGCCUGCUAUAGAGUGGAGGACUGACAACCAGACAGGUGGAUGUCACUCUUACUCUGAGAGAAACUGGCUGCGUGUCCUCAAAAGAGAAACUCUGAAUGCAGGACCAAAGAGACCUUGAUACAAAUCACUACAGCCUGUGUGGAGUUGUGCGGACAUAAAAACUGAGACAGCAGAACUACUAUGGAGCUUGUCCCUAAAACAAAGUACACACACUUUCGAAGUGAAUCGCUCAGCUCGACUGAUGAAACAAAUUCCAAUCCAUCUUCCUUCCCUCCUUCCACUCCUGCCACUCCUCUCACUCCCUCUCCUUGCUUACCUUCCUCCCUCUCCUCCUCUUCUCUCACCCCCAUCUUGCCCCCAUCUUCUCCCCGACCACCCGAGAACAGCCCCACCACCCUAUGCUCCUUCUUCCCAAGGAUGGGCUCCUUGCGCCUUGGCGUCUCUGCCACUCUGCUUCCAGGACUCAAGGCCUCCAGUAGGCCACCACAGACCCGCGCUCCUGUCGAGUCCCCCAUCGAUGACGGGAGCAGCUCAAGUUCCUCCCCUCCGCUGCAUCAUCCGCUCCCCCCUUUAACCGCUCCUUCUCCCCCUCCUCGACCACCCCUACAGGACAUGAACCGGCUGGGUGGGGCGUCCAGGAGGGCACGUGUAGAAGGUGCUCAACUCGGUGGAGAUGAGUGGACGCGGCAUGGCUCCUUCGUCAACAAGCCCACCCGUGGGUGGCUGCACUCCGACAACGUGGUCAGCACCACUGGUGUAUCCUACUCUGUGCGGUAUAUGGGUUGCGUAGAGGUGCUACAAUCAAUGCGAGCGCUUGACUUUAACACCAGAACUCAGGUCACCAGGGAGGCCAUCUCAGUGGUGUGUGAGGCAGUGCCUGGAGCCAAAGGGGCCCAGCGAAGAAGAAAGCCUUCCUCACGCUGUCUCACAUCUAUUCUGGGCAAGAGCAACCUGCAGUUUGCUGGCAUGACAAUCAGCCUCACUAUCUCCACCAGCAGCCUCAACCUGCUGGCAUCUGACUGCAAGCAGAUAAUCGCCAAUCAUCACAUGCAGUCCAUCUCCUUCGCAUCUGGAGGAGACCCAGACACAGCUGAGUACGUAGCGUAUGUGGCCAAAGACCCAGUCAACCAGAGAGCAUGUCAUAUUCUCGAAUGCUCUGAGGGUUUAGCCCAGGAAGUCAUCAGCACCAUCGGCCAGGCCUUUGAACUGCGCUUCAAACAGUACUUAAAGAACCCACCUAAACUAGUCACACCGCAUGACAGAAUGGCUCCAUUUGAUGGCUCUGCAUGGGAGGAAGAGGACGACGAGGCAGCUCUCCUGCCUGAUGUCCCUUAUUAUAACAACUUCCCCGGUAAACAGCCUCCCCCUGGUGGUUUGGUUGACAUGAGACCACGUCCGGGAGCAACAUUGCCUUAUGGACAGCCGGGUCAAAAUGACAUUCACAAGCAGCCAUUGCCUCCUCUGCCAGUGGGUGCCAAGGAAGGAGGGCGAGAGUUAUUUGAUGACCCCUCUUACGUCAAUGUGGAUAAGCCCCGCCCGCCAGUCGCCGCCAAUGGAAACGCUCAUAGAGAUGCGUUUGACAUGAAGCCAUUUGAUGAUGCCCUUGGGGGCUCCAUGACAGCAGCGCCACCUCUGAUGGAGCAGCUACAGUGCGAGACCUGGUUCCAUGGCAGUUUAAGUCGCAGGGAGGCGGAGAAGCUGCUGGGCCGUGACGGAGAUUUUCUGGUGCGCGAGUCGGGAACAACGCCAGGACAGUACGUCCUCACGGGACAACAGGGCGGACAGCCCAAACACCUGCUCCUCGUCGACCCAGAGGGAGUGGUCCGUACAAAAGAUCAUCGGUUCGAGAGCGUGAGUCACCUUAUCAGCUACCACAUGGACAACAGACUCCCCAUCGUGUCAGCGGGAAGUGAAGUGUGUCUGCAACAGCCAGUGGAACGUAGAGCCUAAAAGAAAAUGUCCCAAAAAAAGACAUGGCUCCACCAAAAAAAAAAAAAAGAACAGGAAUACACACAAAACCAAAAGAAAACAAGGAAACAAUGUGUGCAAAGCCUCUGACAUGCUGCUGUUGUAAACCAAACUGUGAACUGCAGUCCCCACUCUCGGACAAGCGACCCUCAAGCACUGCUGCGUCGUCUCCACAGCCUACUGUGAAGCAGGGCAGAAUGUCCAGGUAACUAAAUGCAAUUUCAAAAGAAAACAAAUACAAAUGAAAUGUCUUAAUUUCUAAUAAUUUUAAGAAAACAAACAAACAAACAAAAAAGGAAAAUAGCAGCAUGAAUAGAACAUGAGCUUGCAUGCUUUCAUUGUGAUUUCACUCCUUGGACCUAUUGCUGGGCAGAAAAAAGCCCCCUCACCCCCCACCUUUUUUUUUCUUUUUUUUUUUUUUUUUUUUUGGAAUAUGAACUCGCCUUCAAAAGCAGCCUUGGAGAUCCCCAACCAACUCCGUCUUUUAAGAACUUGAACUUGUAGAAAAAAAGCAUGUAUGCAAAACUGGGGCUGCUUUUCCAAUGAGCAUCGUGGUUUUUGUUUUUUUUUUCCUGUUUUUUAUAUGUAUUUUAUUCAUGAGCUACUGGAUUUCAUAGGAAUACACACACCCACCACACCAAAGAACAGCAGGAUGUGCACUGGGAGUUUAUUCAGCAACAAUUCAAUGCAUACAAUAACAAAAAACCUGUUUUGUAAAAUGCUUUUGGAUGCAUCACCGGUGGAGAAUUGUGCAAUGAUGUCAACCAUCCGCACAGUAAUGAGUGGAGAUGCUUUUUAGUGACUACAUAUUAUAUAGAGUGGAACCUCCAACGACAUAAAUGACAUACAAUGACAAUAAUGCAUAUCAUCUGGUUCAGGGUCAUACUGUCACAAUAGUACAAGUAUAAAUGGGUAUUUCUCUAACAUAAGUAAGAAAAAGUUAAAAAGCUGAGAAGUAAACUACUGAGACCUGUAAUAGAGAAUAUAGAAAAUGGGGACUACUGCCACCUAGUGGAAUUUUAGCCUACGUUGGCUUCUAGCGGACGAGCAUAUAAUUGCUCUGCGGGUCUCUAUACAUGGCUGGCAUAGAUUGGUGAACAAGGUUACAUCAUUUGUAGAAAAUAAUUUUCUAAUUAAGUUGAAUUUGUAGCUGCACUAUUUUUGAUCUCGAGUGCAGUGGUUGGGAAUAAGUCUUUUUUUUUUUUUUUUAAAUAGGCUUAGUUUUUCUGAAAAUGUCCCUUUUAGAAACAUUGGAGGUUCCACUGUAUAUUUGCAUUGACAAUCUAUAGGGUCUCAUACAUGUGAAUGAGGAGAGAAGAAUGUGAAGGAAAUUUAUCAAAAAAGCAUUAACGAUGGAUUUUCGCUACCCGUGCCGUACGGACUGGAUGUGUAUACUUACAGUAUGCUUGUUUCUUUUAAACGGAAAAAAGCAGAAAGCCAAAAGUCACUCCUCAGUGUGCUGUUACCGUCAUCGGUCCACGUUCUAAUUGUUUUGGAAUCUCUUUGUGCCUUGUUUCUUCAAUGCAGUCACUUGAGUGCAGUCACCUUAUGUACUUAAUUCACGAACGCUCUCAGUUAUCAAAACAGGCUGCAAAAAAAAAGACGUCAGUAAACAAACUGAUCUAGUGAUGGCAAUCGCCUCUGAUGCACGUAUUGAGCUAGUCACAGAUACUUGAUGUCACCUGUUGUAUGGGAGGUGGGGGGGUAUUUCUUGACCAUCUGUAAAUAACAUUGACUAAAGUGCAAACGUGUUGAGCUUGAAAAGAGCUUUGCCUAUUAGAUAGAGGGGAUGAACAUGUUGACAAAUGAUAAGGAGCUUCAGGUCACACGGUAGCUUAAGAUGUACCUGCCUGGACAUACAUACACUGCUUUAGGUCCAGGCUGCGAUAAUAGAACAGCGCCAUUCGUCAAUUGGUCAUCACAGUUGCCUUUGUCGCAUGAUUUAAAAAAAAAAAAAAAUGACGCAUUUAAAAAGGUAUUUUUAUGUGUCGGUGGUGACAUUGUGACUUGAUGUUUUUGUGUCUUGGAAAAAAGCUGAAUGUUCCAUUUAAAGAAAAAAAAUGUGCACAGGUGUUUACGUUUUUGUGUUCGUUUUAAUACUGGUUUCUAGGGAAAAAUGUGUUUACACCUGUAACAAAGUUCAGAUUGCAUAUAUAAAUAAAUGCAUUUAUCAUUCA